ACCUUGAAAAAAUGCGGAAUGGUGGCGCGAGCCCAUAAUUUAGCCUGAACCUUCGUCUUAAACCCUAAACCCUAAUACCUAAUUUCCCAUUAUUGCUCCCCUUCUUCGCAGUCAAGAUGCUCAAUGUUCCGGUUAACCACCAGACGACGCCGUCUUCUAUCACCCUUGCUCUUCACCACAUCUCCGGCAUUCUGCUCGAUUAGCGCCGCCGCUGCCGCCGUCACGGAUUUCCCGCAGAACGACGCUGUCUCACAAAUUAUCGGCCACUUCAUCUCUUCUCCCCUUCGUUACAGUCAUAAGCUCUUAUUAAAUUCCCUCAGAAACAGUAAUUGGUUUAGGAAGGAAGUUUCCAAGUUGGGGCCUUCAGAAAUUGACUCUAUCUUUGAUAAAAUUAGUUCGCAAAGUGCAAUUGAGUUCUUCUUCUUGUUGCAAAAUGAGUUUGGGUUCAAGCACUCACAGAGCUCGCAGUUCUUCAUUGCGCAUUUAUUGGCGGAGAAGAGGCGGUACCGUGCGCUGCUCUGUCAUAUGCGGAUGGUUGUUCAGGAACAAGGCUCUGGAUCUGCACCCUUGUUUUGUGAGCUGCUUUUAAAAAGCUUUAGGGGCUGGGGAUCAAACCAUGUGGUGUGGGAUAUGCUGACAUUUGUUUACUCGAGAACUGCUAUGGUUCAUGAUGCUUUGGUUGUGCUGUCAAAGAUGAAAGACUUAAAUAUUCGCCCAUCAAUUAUGACAUACAAUAGUUUGUUGCACAACUUGAGGGAAACUGAUAUUGCGUGGGAUAUCUAUAGUGAACUCGAAGAUAAUGGACCCCAACCAUCUGAGUAUACAAAUUCAAUCUUCCUUGAUGGUCUUUGCAGGCAGUCCUUGUUCCUUGAAGCAAUUAAUUUUCUAAGGGAGAUGAAUAAGGAAAUGGCUGAGCCUUGUGUUGUUUGUUUCAACACUUUGAUGUCAGGAUUCUGUAGGAAGGGUUUUAUAGGUAUUUCUAAAUCAUUAUUUGGUAUGAUGUUUAAGUAUGGAUUAAGUCCUGAUAGAUACAGUUACAAUAUUCUCAUUCAUGGGCUAUGUGUUAGUGGUUCAUUGGAAGAAGCCUUAGCCUUUGCGAUUGACAUGGACAAGCAUGGAUUAGAUCCUAAUCAGGUAACAUAUAACAUUCUCGCCAAAGGAUUUCGUUUACUUGGUACAACGGGUGGAGGUUGGAAGGUUUCUAAGAAAAUACUACAGAGCGAAGCAGACCCUGACCUGCUUACCUACACAAUACUCAUUUGUGGGCAUUGCCAGACAGGUAAUGUUGAAGAGGGUUAUAGGCUGCGAGAGGAGAUGAUGUCUAAGGGUCUCAAGUUAAAUGAUAUCUCAUAUCAUGCGUUACUAAGCGGCUUGUGUAGAAAUGGGCAGAUAAAUGAGGCUGUAUGUUUGCUUUCUGAGUUGAGUACUGACAGGUUAAAACCAGAUCUCUUUAUGUGCUCUAUGGUAUUCCAUGGUCUCUGCAAGCUGGGAGAAGUAGAGAAAGCCAUCCAUCUGUGCAAGGACAUGUUUUUUAAGGAAAACUACCAGAAUUCUUUUCCUCACAGAUCUAUUUUGAUAGGAUUGUGGGAGAAGAGAACUAUGUUUGAGGCUAGAAGUUAUUUUAAUACAUUGACAAAAAGUGGCUUGAUACAGGAUGUUGUACUGUACAAUAUUAUGAUUGAUAGAUAUAUUAAAGUUGGUAAUGUGGCAGAUGCUGUAGGAUUGUACGAAAAUUUAUUGGAGAAAGGGAUUCCUCCAACUGUAGUUACUUUCAACACCCUGAUAAAUGGAUUGUGCAAGGCCAGAAAACUAGCUCAGGCCAGAAAGUGGCUAGAUGACAUGAAGAUGCACAAUGUAGUGCCAACUAUUGUUACGUAUACUACAAUUAUGGACGCCUUAUGUGAAGUGGGAAGUUUAGAAGCUACCUUUGAGUUAUUUGAGGAAAUGGUAAAAAGUGGUAUCGAGCCAAAUCAAGUAACUUACACAGUUCUUAUGAAAGGUCUGUGUAAGCGAGGGAAGCUGGAAGAAUCUGUUGCAAUUCUCCAGAACAUGUUAGCUAACGGUCUUUCUCCAGAUCAAACUUCCUAUAAUGCUUUGAUCCAAUGCUUUUGUAAAGCUCGGAACUUUGAAAGAGCAUUUCAAUUACAUGAUGAGAUGGUACAGCUUAACAUUAUGCCAAAUAAUGUGACUUAUAAUAUUCUAAUCAAUGGCUUGUGUGUUUAUGGAGAUCUAAUUGUUGCUGAAAAGCUAUUUUGUGAUCUCCAAGGUCAAAACUUCAAAUUGUCGAAAGUUGCGUUUACUACACUUAUAAAAGCAAAUUGUGCAAAGGGAGAUGUUGAAAAGGCUAUGGUACUCUUUCGUCAAAUGGAUGAAACUGGCUUUGAGAUUUCACUGAAAGAUUAUAGUGCAGUAAUUAAUAGACUGUGCAAAAGAUCUUUGCUAAAUGAUGCUAUGACUUUUUUUCGAAUGAUGCUAGUUGGUGGUGUUGCUCCUGAUCAGCAAAUUUGUUCAGUUAUACACUAUUCAUUACACCAAGCUGGUUAUGUCAUUGCCGAGUUUCAAGUUUAUGUUCUAAUGAUCAAAUUUGGCUUUGAUCCUGGUUGAAUAGUACGAAAUGUGUUUUUGUGGUGUUCAUCACCAAGCUACCUCUAGUAAUCAAAUACUACAAUAAGGGAGGACCUUAUUAUCCCUUCUGUUGAAGAGAUCAGAAUCGGGAUAUACAAAGAUUGUAAUAUCGGUGUAAGAUGAAGUAGCACCAACAGGACGAACAAUUUCAAAGUUAAUGCCAGUCCUGCUGCUGGUGCUGAUGUUUACUUGUACUGUUGAGGAGUUAGAGAUCCUUGCUGCAUCAGUGCCUUUGCCUUGUUGUUGAACAUAUUUAAGAAAAGAAAUUUUGCAAGGAGAUUUGACAGUACUUCCCGAGGAUAGAUUAAACAGAGAUGUCAGACUACCUUUCUCGACCUGUUUUGCUGCGAGUAGAAGGAAGCUAUACAAUGCUGCAAAUGUCCUCUGGAUUCCAUUGUUUUCCUAAAAUAACACACAUAAAACGGUGGAUUAGGAAUAUGCAACAUGAUUUCUGCUGUGAACUUGGACUAGUUCAAGAGAUGCAAUGCAACCUCUGAAGAUUUGACAUGCAUCCAUAGCAGCAGCUUCAGUCGCGUAAACAGGUUCAAUGUUUUCGAGUUCAGAGCAUUGCUUCCGCAGAGAGCUCAAAUCAGCGAACCUUAACUACAAAACCUCUGAUCAGAUGAUCUCCGCAGCACAGAGGUUCCCUGUUCUGUUGCCUUGUUUGGAGCACGAGAAAAAUGUCAAAAAACCAACUUACAUUUUAGAUGUUUGUUCAUUUUGCCACUGAAAUUUAGUGGAAAGUGACAUUUUGAUACCCAGAAGGAGCUAUUUUGGGGCGGAUUUAUUUGUAUCUCAAUAACAAUACAAGUCUUAGCACAUGUCGUACUUUGCUAAUUUUUGCUUAAUGUAGGAAUACAAUGGUGAUGACAUUACCGAUAUUUCGGCUGGAAUAAUCUUGCAAACCAACUAAACAUAUGCCCAAUUUUAAAGUUGAGAUAAUUCUUGAGCAAGCCUAUCCAAGUCUGUGAUAGAACUCCCACCAACCUGAAUUGCUUCCAAGGCUUGUUUCUUCAAAUCCUUGGCUCCACUCCUCUGAGCGGCGCACCCACGCAUUGAGUCGCUAAGUUUAUGAGCCAAGUGAGCUGGGUCGGGCACCGUAUCCGGUCCCUCACAUACAAGGACGGCGGCGUUGUUGUACUCCACCAAGAGCUUAGCAUUCGCAAACUGGUCGGCUUCCAUGGGCCAAGCCAGUAUCAUCACCCCAGCCGUGAUUGCCUCCAAAGUUGAGUUCCAUCCACAAUGACUCAGGAAUCCACCCACAGCUCGGUGACUCAGUAUCACCGUCUGCGGCGCCCAUCCCUUUAUAACCAAGCCUCGCUCCGAUACCCGAUCCUCAAACCCAUCGGGUACCGACCCAAACCCAUCUGCCACUUGCUGCGCCGACAGAGCCUUCACAACCCAAACGAACCGGACCCCACUCCUCUCCAGCCCAGUGGCCAAAGCCUCCGUUUGGGCCGCCGUGAGCAACUUUUGGCUCCCAAAACACACAUACAAUACAGACCCAUCGCCACACCCGUCGAGCCAAGAUACUACACCAUCAUCCGAACCGGGUUCCGGAUCGCCCACCCUCAAUUGACCCGACCCGUUAACCAGAUUCAACGGCCCAACGCUAUAAUGGGAACCCAAGAACGGACCCUCCAAGGCCCGAAACGAGUUGUAAACGGCAGCCCAGCUGAGGGCAUUGGCCGCGAUGGAAGUCAUGAUGAAGUCAGCGGCCGUCUUGUCCCGACAUUGCAAAUCCUUACACCGGCGGAAAAGCGACGGCAGCUGAUCCCAGGGGAAGGUCGGCUGCUGAGGUACAUCAUCGAAUUUCACAUCGACCUCUGGUUUGAGAGAAUCGAAAUUCGCCCAGAGGUGAUCGAAGAGGGCGACGACGAAAGCUCCGCAGGAGUGGAAAACGAUCCUAGGGAUUCGGAGGUGGUCGGCGACGUGGUGCGUCCAACCGAGGAAAGUAUCGGAGAUGAGGGCGGAUGGGGGGUUAGGGUGGGAGGUGCACCAGCGGAUAAUGGGAUCUCGGAGUUGGCUGAGGGCGGCCAUGAUGGGGAUGUUGCCGUGAUUGCCGAUGUGUUGGACGUUUUCGACGCCGGGAGGGAGGGAAGGGUGGGGCGGGAAAGGGAGGAUUAGGGUUUGGAUGGAGGGGGAGGAGGAUAGGAGGGAGGUUAGGAGUGGGAGGUUUUUGGGGGUGAUUAUGAUAGUGAUGGCUAAGCCUCGGAGAGAGAGUUGGUGAGUGAGAUCGAGAAGGGGAAGCAUGUGGCCUUGUGCGGGGAAUGGGAAGACUAAUAUGUGGACUCCUCCAUUGCUGCUGCCAGAGCUCCUCGACAUUUUAGACACAGGAGAGGAGAGGACUGGAGAGAUAAAAGGUCUUAUAGGUAAUGAAU